AUCCCUGCGUUGACAUCAACCUUCUAGCAACUGUAGCAACUCUCCACAUUUGUCAUAUCCACGCCUACUGUUCCGAGUUCCUCUUUCUGUCUAUUUGUCCGAGUCUUCAACCAGAUUAAUGGCACAGCUGACUGGGACAAGAACUUUCCUCUCGCUCACCCCCCCUGACCUGUCGACAUGCACCAAGGAAGAGAUCAAGAGAUACUUCAUCAACAGCUACGACUUGAAUGAAAGUCUGUUCUUGGGACUCAAAGAUGAAGCUUAUUUCUACAAGUGUCCAGACCGGCUGCGUCUGCCACUGGUCUUCUACUUUGCCCACACAGCUGUGGUGUAUGUCAACAAGCUCAUGUUGUCUGGACUCAUCCAUGAGAGAAUCAAUCUGGACUUCGAGACCAUGUUUGAAACUGGAGUGGAUGAAAUGAGUUGGGAUGACACUGAGAACUAUCGAAUGGGAGGCAGUUACAAAUGGCCUGCCAUUUCUGAAGUGGUAGAGUACCGUCAGAUUGUUCGUGACCUAAUCCUCAAGGUCAUCGAUGACACACCCCUAGAGCUCCCUGUGACUAUGGACAGUCCUUGGUGGGCUCUGAUGAUGGGCAUGGAGCAUGAGCGGAUUCAUCUGGAGACGUCCUCUGUCCUCAUCCGCCAAAUGCCGAUCGAGAUGGUCCAACGGCCGGAGGGAUGGACAUACGGACCCGUCAAGUCUGCCAAGCCUGUGAAAAAGAACAAGAUGGUGACUGCUAAGACUACGGAGGUCACCCUUGGCAAGCCAACCAACUUUCCCUCUUAUGGUUGGGACAAUGAGUAUGGGGAGGUCUCCUGCAAGGUGCCUCCUUUCCAGGCCAGCCAGUUUCUGAUCACCAACAAGGAAUUUUUGGAGUUUGUCGAGGCAGGAGGGUACAAAACUCCGAGUCUGUGGACUGAAGAAGGAUGGAAGUGGGUACAGUUCCGUGAGGCUGCGCAUCCAUGUUUCUGGGUCUGUAACCAAGGUUGUAAGUCGGGCUGUGGUGCUGAUUUGGCGUCUUACUCCCACUGCCACUUUGAUGAUGACUCUGUGAAUGGAAAGAAUGGGACGAAUGGAAAUGAUGAAGAGACUGAGGUGAAGAAAGCGAGACAAAGUAUCUACAAGCUACGUCUGAUGUUUGAUGUUGUGGACAUGGCGUGGGACUGGCCAGCAGAGGUCAACUACCAUGAGGCCAAGGCCUUCUGCAAGUGGAAGGGGCCGGGCUACAGGCUCCCAGUCGAGGCUGAGCAUCACGUCAUGAGGGGAGCCCAGCUGCCUGCUAGCGAAGGCUCACAGAGUGACAUCAUCUUCCAGAAGAAAAUCCCAGCUAAUCUCAACUUUCAAUACGGCUCCUCAACACCUGUGAACCUGUUCCCACCGACAGAGACAGGAUUUUAUGAUGUGUUUGGAAACACUUGGGAGUGGGUGGAGGAUCAUUUCAAUGGUCUCAGUGGAUUCCACACACACUUCCUGUAUGAUGAUUUCUCUUCCCCAUGCUUUGAUGGAAAGCACAACAUCAUUUUGGGAGGAUCAUGGAUAUCCACUGGGGACGAGGCCUCAAGGUUUGCUAGGUACGCUUUCCGCCGACACUUUUUCCAGCACUGUGGCUUCAGAAUUGCUCGCAGUUUGACGGAGGACCUCAAGCAGAUUGAUCUGCCAGCUCGCAUGGUCGAUACCGAGGUCUUUGUGUUGGGAUCUGGUGUUCAAGCCAAUAAAAUCUACCUUGACAACAACUUCAGCGUUCAGCGUGUGCAGAGCACUAAUGCUGUCUACAAUUAUGACACCAUGGAGACACUGGAGGGAAUUUUAGAGCUGGAAUUCGGCUUCCGUGAUUCCUUUGCCGCUGUUGUUGCUGCGCUUUGUGGUAGCUACUGUAGUCAUUACAAAGUUGCCACAGACUCGGCAGUGCAUCUGGGCACUGCCACGGGGAGAGGCUCGUUUGAGCUCAGCAGACAUUUCCAGAAUGUGCUGGGAGUGGAGAUGUGUGGCCGUCUCAUUGACGCAGCCGUGAGGCUGCAGUCUGGGCGUCACAUCACCUACAAGAAUGGGAAAGACAUCAAGCUGGACACUGGUUACAACCUGGACCGAAUUACAUUCAAGCAGCUAACCUGGAUUCCCAAUGAGGUGGAGAAUCAUGAUUUGGUCCUCAUCACUCACCUGGAUAGGGUCCAGAACCCAAAAGCUUGGCUGGUGCGACUGUGGGAGAUCACUCGUCCCCGUGGAAUGGCUGUAAUUGCCAGCAAAGACGGCAAGUGGAACAGGGAAAAACUACAUGUCCAUCUACAUCAUCGGCUCCGGUGUGUGAGCAGCCAAGAAGUUCCCUAUGAAGACAGGAAUGGUGAGGGCACUGCCACCAUCACCAUCUGGAAAUACAAGUAAAGCAUUUCCUGUUUCUACCGCAAGAAGUAAAAGACCAACAAUCUGAUGGAUCAGAGCUGUUGAAGACUUCUGACAAAUUUCAUAUUGAUUUGAUGCUUUUUUUGCAUGUACGUGAUGAUGAAGUCACAUUGAACCUUAUCUUUUCUUGAAAUGUAUGUAAAUGUAACUGAUUUCUUCUGUGAAGAAACAUUCUUUGUUAUGUUUUACAACUGCUUAACUUUACAGAAAAAAUUAAUAAACUGUUUACACCUGCAGGUCAAGCGAAAUAUUAUGUUAAUUGUUUGAGAGCUUUGUCAACGAAAACUUGUCUGAACAGCUUUAAGAAUGUGCAAAAUGUUGUUUUAAACUUUUAUUUUUGAAUGAAUAUUCUUCUGUUGUGGGAUUAAUUUAAAACAUACAAAGAGUAAAUUUGAUCUCAAAAUAUUGAUAAGCAAUACUUCUAUUUCCCUUUCAAACGGUAAUUAUAUUAUUGUCUUUGAGAUUACUGUACUCCCGUUCAACUAUCUAGUCUAAAUGAGAAAACACAGCAUUGUGGAUUUGAUUUUAUGAACUGAGUUGUUUUACAUUUUUGUUGCUCACUUUUUUUCUGUCUUUCCUUUUGACUACAGUAAUUGUUUUACUUAUGAUAAUGUGAUUUUAUCGUUUUUACUUGCAAAUGUAGUGCGGUAAGCAGUCUUAUGCAAAUGACUGUAUUCAAACAGAAUGUUUGUGCUACCUAUUGUUGCAGUUAGAUGGUUUGUAUUUUCAUAUGAUGAAUCUCAAAAAUUUUCAGAGAGAAGGAAAGUAAAAUAUUUAUCCUUUUGCUCCACAAAUGGAUCUCUUGUGAUGUGAAUAUGAUCAGAAAUGUAUCAACCUCAGGGGAACUCUCCCAAAUGGGUAAAAUUAUACAUAGAGGGAAUUAGAAAUGUGUAUUUAUCAAUUCCCAAGCAAAAUUCUUAUCUCUAUACUUAUUUUGGUGAUGCAGAGUAUUUUGACACAAAGCAUAAUUAUAUAUAUCUAUUUACUUGUCAUGUUGUUGAUUGCUGGUAAUGGACAGUAUGAUAUUCAUAGCAAAUAGAAAAUGAAAUUUAUUUCUACAAAUAAAUUUGCUAUGCAUGUGAUAUGUUUUGUAAUAUUGUAUUGCACACCUAGUAUAUGAUGCCUUUUUGUAGAAGGUCAAUAGUGAUGUUUGUUGUCACUUCCAUGUUUUUUGGUAGAUGUAAUAAAGCAUUUUGAAAAUGUUCAGAUAAAA